GUGUUUACAGAUGACUUACAAAACACGGAAAAACAGAAAAAGGUGAAACAUGCCGAAACUGUGACCCGGUAUCGCAUAUAACGAUUACGUACAAAGCAUAACAUUCGCACGUGUGUGUAGAGGAACGCAGGAACAAACAUGUCCUUGCUGAAGCAGCUCAAUCUAUUGUCCGGCCUAGUGCGCCGGACACUGGUCGGCAGUGUAAGGCCGCUGCACCAGACGGCCACACUCCGCAAGGUGGAAGAUCGCAAGGCUAUGCUGGCUUCGCUGCCCAGCAAAGACGAGGGCACGGUCGGCGAACGUUCCAUCGACAUUGAUUCCAUGAUCGACAAGAAAACGAGCAUAUUUCCCGAUGCCAACACACCGACCUCCCUGAUCAAUGGGGUACCGUUCAACGAGAUACCGAUUUGCCACAUCCGCGUGUCACCGAACAAUACCAUCAUUUCGAUCACGGAUGCCAAGGGUGUGCCACAGUUUAUCCGCUCGUGCGGCAUCGAGGGCUUCAAGAACACGCGCAAAGGCACGAACAUUGCGGCGCAGGCGACCGCAAUCAGCAUCAGCACAAGGGCGAUCGAACGUGGCUAUAAAACGGUUCGCGUCACGGUCCGAGGCCUCGGCCCGGGACGAAUGUCCGCUAUAAAGGGGCUCGAGAUGGCUGGGCUGAACAUUGUUUCCAUUACGGACACGACCCCAGUAUCGUGGAAUCCCCCGCGUCCCAGAAAGCAAAGGAAGCUGUAAAAUGUGGUGAAAUUGUGGCCCGUGCUGAGGAGGCGGAAUUAAACACUCUGUCAUCAUACCGUCAUGCCAUCAAAGACGCGCAUGGAAAGCCGCCUUCCUCCUCUCCCACGUGUGCAUCAACGUGUUACAGUUUUGUUUGAUUGUUUAUUUUAAAAAAUAGUAAUAAAAUUAAAAUUAUAGCACAA